AUAGACAUGAUUAGUGACGUACCCGAUAACAUUCUAAUUCAUAUUCUUUCUUUUCUAUCUACCGAGAAUGCUAUCAAAACUUCCAUAUUAUCAACAAAGUGGAGGUACUUAUGGACCAAUUUAUCCGUCUUUGAUUUUCAAAUUUUUUAUUAUCAUGAUGCAAAUCGAAACCCAUCAUAUUCACUUUUAGAUGUAGUCACCACAUUACUUCACAAAUCUAAUGAUCAUCUAAUGGAAAUUAAAAGGCUCACCAUUCGUAUACCCCGAGUUACUCUUGAUGCACACAAAAUUACUUCCUUGGUAACUUCUCUACUCGGCCUCAAAGUCCAAGAUCUUCAAUUUACCAUAGAUGAUCUAAAAUAUCUAAAUACUAGUUGUUGCGUCUUACCCCGUGGUUUCUCAGCAUCUUAUUCAUUGAGUAAACUAACACUAAAUCUUGGUGGAUAUACUCUAUAUAUUUCUAAUAGUAUUCAGUUCCCUAGCCUUAAGACGUUAAAUCUUUCGUAUGCUAUCUUUGCAAAUGACGAAUCAGUUGAAGAAUUUUUUUCUGGGUGCCCUCUCCUAGAAGAGUUAACUUUGAAUUAUUGUUAUUGGUGGUGCAUAAAGCAGAUCACUAUUGCUAUUUCAACAUUGAGGAUAUUGACAAUCCGUUUCAACCCUGAUUGUCUAAAUUGUGUUGACUGUGAUAAAUUUUCUGUCAAGAUUGAUGCUGUCAAUCUUUUAUCUUUAACUUGCACAAGUGAUCCAACCAUACAAUUUGUCAUUGUUAACCCCCCAACCUCCAUGCUUGAUGCAUAUAUUGCUUUUAGCAUACACUUUCCAUUCCAUUAUAGGACAAAUUCGAAAUAUGAGGAAUAUGUUUCUCAUUGUGCAGCUGUGCUAUUGAGUGGACUUGCGAGUGUCAAGUCUCUCACACUAUCAAACGAUACUUUUACGGAAUCUCCCUAUGUAAAUGAUCGUUUCCAUCUCCUUCCGGAGUUCCACAAUUUGACACAUCUUUGUCUGGAUUCAGACAUUUGCUCUUUCAGUAGAACAUCAUUCACAAAAUUCCUUCUAAAGUGUCCUAAACUGGAAGUUCUUGUUUUUCCUCUGGGAAGUGGCAGAUUAAGACACGACGAUAAUCAUGGUUGGAAAUCAAUUCCAGUGCCUUGUUGUAUCAAAUCUUCUCUCAAGAAGCUUCACAUUACAAAUUUUGAUGGAUAUGAACGUGAAAUCCAAAUCGUUGUGUUUUUCUUAGAGAAUGCAACAGUUUUGAAGGAGUUCCAGAUAUCCUUAGCAUGUACGCCAUUUUAUUCACAAUAUAAUUCGAAGAAUCUGGAAGAUCUCAAGAACCGAUUUGUAGGAAUGGGAAGUUGUGACAUGAUAAUCCGAACUUGUGAUUAGAAGGCAGAUGUUUUGUAGCAAAUGCUAUGGUUUUACUAACUUUUUAAGUAAUGAUAUCAAUAAGUUUUUAAGAUAGACUUUUGAGUUCUCUUCAGUUAUGACUUUUUUCAAGGGUAAUAAUUUUAGGGAAUUUAUUUUCUAAGUUCAGUUAUAUUUCAGCACUAUUUAGUAUUUAUAGGGCACUGAAGUAUUUGUAAUGAAAUAAAUACAGCUCUUUGGCUUCCAAUACAGGUUUUAUAUUAUUUUUUUCUC